GAUUUUAACUUGUAUGUAUGUUUAUUUGUUUGUUUGUUUGUUUUGUGGGGGGAAAGAAACCGUCAUCAUUCUAUAAAACUUCUCCGACGCUUAUAAAGUUUCGCUUAAAACAAACAGGGCCACGGAAGGAUCUCGAGCGGGCGGGGCGGCUGGAAAUGUAAGAUGGGGAGGGGGUUUCCUGAAAGAGGAGGAAUGAUUAACAAAUAAACGCAAUUAAUUAAACUCUGUGCGUUUGUCCUUUUCGAUGUACCGUGGCUUUUGGACCGUAAUGGCAGUUUUUGUGUCAAGAUCAGCAUAGCGAUAAAGAAAGCAUAUGGAAGAGGAGGUGGACGGCACUGGGCAGGAAGAACAGAAUGCUGAUGAUCCUGCUCUUACUGGUGACAGCCUUAUGGCACAGAACCAGCCUCAGCAUCACCAUGACCCCUACACACAAGACCAGGACCUUCCCAUUAUGCACUGGGAGGACUUAAGUUUGCGAAUAGCAGAGCUUGAGAAACAGGAGGAAGAAAGGAGGAAAAGAGCUGAGUCCAUGGGUUUAACAGACCAAGAACCAGUGCCAGGUCCCUGGACACAAGUAAAGCACCAGUCACUUAACAGAAAGCAGUGGGAAGAUGCAGGUGAUCUUGGAGGACAUCGUUUUCCAUGCAUUACAUCUCGGUUUAAUAGUCCUAAAAAACUACAGCUGUGUUUUAUCAACGACAGCGAGAGUGAUGAGGGUGAUGAAGGACCAUCCUUUAAAGAGAAGCCACAUGAGUCACAGGGACAGGGGCGACAAUCUGUUGGCCUGAAACAGGAAGUGAGAGCAGCUCUGAGUGAGCUCCGAGAUAAGCUUUGGGCUGAACAGAGGCAGCAACAGCUGAAACACAAGGAUGAGAGCUUUAGGAGAAGAAAGCUUAGCCACAGCGACCUGCAAACCUGCUCUGUGCUUCAGCUAAAUGCCCUCAAGACUUCUCUUCAUGAAGACAUUCAGGACCUGAGCUCAGAAUUAGUGAAGCAUCUCGUGGUGAGGGACAAUCUACGGACAACGCAAGAUGCUAUGCUCCUAGAUGUACAGGAUAUGACGUCACUGUGACUUACAUCAAGCUAUAAUUAGCCUAUAUUAUAAAAUAGGUUAGCAUAUGAUAGUCCUUUUUGGAAUGGUGGCAAAACAAAUAUUAAAGCAGCAAUGUAUUAUAUAAAAAUAUGUUUUUUUCUACUUUACACUAACAAAGCCAUAUGAUCCUGUUUGUCUUGAUUUGCUUUUUUUUUUUGCUCACACAAAUAUUGCUUACUAUGUGAAUGUAAUUCUUUUAGUCACAAGUUUUAUUGUGAGAAACUGUAUGUGUGUGAAGAGUAGCGAAACAAGCACACUCUUCAUAUUGUAUAUUUCCAUCCAAACAAACUGUGAAAGCUGCUAUUAAAUGUAUGUGUGAUCCCUAACCACUUAAUGGGAAAAUUAAAUGCUUGUAAUGUAUUAUAGCAUCUACUGAAUAUUUGGCUUCUCACUGUAAAAAAAAAAAACUAAUGCAAGCUUUAAGUAUUUUUCUUAAAAAAUUGACAAGUAAUAUAACAAUAAAUUUGUAAUGUUGACUAAAUUUACUAGCGUUUGUUAAAACAUUUUUGGAUUAUUGUGCAGGGAUAUUUUUGCAUAUACUAUGCUUUCAGUGCGCCAUGUAAUAUUAUUCACUGUUAACUACCUACCUGGUUAUUUUGUCGAGCACUUUAAGUUCAUUUAUUCUAUUUGUGCAUUUUGUUACCCCGAAAAACAAAACAAAGGAAGAACGAAAACUCGACACUGUUAAAACCUCGACACAGAGAAAUACGCUCUAACUUACAACUACCUGAAGAUUCACUUUCUACCUCAUAGCAUGUCUACUGAAGUGAAUGUCAGUGUCUAAUGAACAUGAUCUCUCAGCUUUGCACAGCUCAGCUGCUCAGCCAAGCAAAGUAAGACAUGGUCUAAGAGAGCGAGAGCAACAGGAAAAUCAGAAUAACAAGCAGCACAUAUGGAGAGGAAAUUGUAACUGUCUCACUGGAAAAAAAAGGCAUUAUUAAGAUACGUUAUGUAUUUUUUUAUUAUUAUUACAGCUGAGUAGAUGGACAGGUUUCUU